AUGAGUUUCAACAUCCCUAGCAUCAACGAACUCAAGCGUGCCGCCGAAUGCGGGCAACGCAUCACACCCGAGGAUGUGUCAAUGAUUUCGCAAGCGGAAACCGAGCUGGCGGGCACCACGGCGCAGAGCCUGUCGAUGCGCCAGAUGAACUUCGAUACCAAGCUCGACGAGGUGUCGCGUAAGCCGCAGAGCCAUAUUACGCAGGAGGAUGCGCGGGAGAUCCAAGCCACCGAGGUAUGGAAGGAUUGA